ACUCGAGCUCGCGAAUCGAGAGUCUGAAUCUUUGUAGUUUGGAAAGCCUCAGAAGAAAAGCUUUUCGUCAUGUUCAGGAGUUCCGCAUGUUUGUUGCCACAUGGAACGUGGGGGGAAAGCCACCCAGCGAUGAUCUCGACCUCGAAUCUUUUCUACAGGUAGAAGGAUCGCAUGACAUCUAUGUAUUAGGGUUUCAGGAAAUAGUUCCUUUAAAUGCAGGCAAUGUGUUAGUGAUCGAGGACAACGAGCCCGCGGCGAAAUGGCUUGCCCUCAUCAGCCAAGCCAUCAACAAGCACGGCAAGUGCUCGCCGGACGACUCCGAUUCCAGCAACGAUGGGAAACAUGGCAAGGACUCCAAGUCCACGAGCGGCCUUCUCUUCUUCCAAAGGCCCUCCCUCAAAGUCCUCAGCAGGAAUUAUCGCAUGGAUGGCGCCCUAGUGAAGACGUGCAAUUGCACCUCCGAGCCAUCCUGCGUCCGGCGAAGGACGAGACAGCUGAGGGAGUUCAUCACCAGGGACGAGUCGAGCUCCUCCGACGAGGAUUCCGCGACGCCGCAGUUCGCUUGCUCCGAGGCAAAGGGUAACAUGAACUACUGCCUCGUCGCGAGCAAGCAGAUGGUGGGCAUCUUCCUCUCGGUUUGGGUCAGGAGGGAGCUCGUGCAACACGUUAGCCACCUUAGGGUGGCCACCAUCGGAAGGGGAAUCAUGGGCUGUCUCGGUAACAAGGGAUGCAUUGCGAUGAGCAUGUCGCUGCACCGAACGAGUUUUUGCUUCGUCUGCAGCCACUUGGCGUCAGGCGAGAAGGAAGGCGACGAACUGAAGAGGAACUCUGACGUGGCCGAGAUCCUCAAGAGCGCGCAGUUCCCGAGGAUCUGCAAGUCUCCAUGUCGGCGGAUUCCUGAAAGAAUCUUAGACCACGAUCGAGUGAUAUGGUUUGGUGAUCUGAACUACCGGGUUGCACUAAGCUAUCAGGAGACAAGAUCUCUGCUCAGGAACAAUGAUUGGAACUCUCUCCUGGAAAGGGAUCAGUUGAAGAUAGAAAGAGAAGCAGGAAGGGUGUUCAAUGGGUGGAAGGAAGGGAAGAUCUCAUUUGCUCCAACCUAUAAAUACUCACAGAACUCCGACAUCUACGCUGGUGAGACCGUCAAAUCCAAGAAGAAGCGAAGAACACCAGCUUGGUGCGAUCGGAUACUAUGGCAUGGAAAUGGGAUGGAACAGCUGCAGUACUUGAGAGGGGAGUCGAAGUUCUCGGACCACCGACCUGUUUGUGCCGUGUUUGCAGCGCAGGCAGAGAUGAACAACAGAUGCAGAACGGCAUGUCUUGGUGCGGACUCCAGAAUUCCUUCUGAUGAGUUGAUACCUCAAAGGCACAGUUUCUACUGAGGAGGAGACUUCAUUGAUGUUGUC